UGACGUAACGGCAUUGCAUUGUGGGGCUCCGGGGGAAUCGGAAGAGUUUGUUGUGACUCCGACGGCACGUGUUUUUGUUGUUUUAAGAAGAAAAAUAAGUUGUAACGAGUGAAAACAUGGUGCAGACAUGUUGCGUUAUUAACUGCCACAAUCGUCGCUUCCGGAAGAAAAAGGACGAGGUGACAUUUUUCUCUUUUCCGACCUGGAAGCAAAACCAAGGCGCUGUGAUCUGUGAGCUAACAAAGAGACACCGAAUGGCCUGGAUAGCAGCCGUGAGACGACCGAACAUCACUCCCGACGCCAUCACCCGACACAUGGUGGUGUGUUCACGGCAUUUUCACACUGGGAGACCAGCUCAUGAAAUGGAUGAAAGCCAUCCGGACUGGGCACCCUCAUUACAUCUCGGACACACGGAAGCGGAAGCUAACAAAGAUAACAAGCGACUUUCUCCAACAAGACAGAACCACGAGCGACUACGACAACCGGAAGCUGUUAGCAAGACACAUGUAGUGCUACACGUUGAAGACAUCCAGCAGCUGAUUGCUGAUCAAGAAGAAAGUCCCCCUCAGCCACAAGGUGGCAGCUCCACUUGGGAGCAAGAGGAGCCACAGUCUAUUAAAGAAGAAGAAGAAGAGGAGGAGCCACAGCCACCUCUGAUUAAAGAAGAAGUGGAGCCAGUGCUCACCUUAAUUAAAGAGGAAGAGGAGGAGCCACAACCCCCAUAUGUUAAAGAGGAAGAGGAGGAGCCACAACCUUGCUACGUUAAAGAAGAAGAACAAGAACUCUUGAUCACUCAUGAGGGAGAGCAUCUUCCAGCGCCAGAGGAGGCUGAUCUCACCAGGUUGCAACUGACCGGUGUCUCUGCGGUGACCGAACACUGUGAAGACAAACCACCCGAGUUCCCACGGCUUCAUCGUAGUCCAAGUGAGGACACGAGAGAGGCGGAGCCUUCAUGCAGCAGCUCACUGCCACACGUGACAAGAGAAGCUGAUGGAGACCACUGUGGAGGACCACAAGCGGACGACCUCUUAGCUCCACUGUCAGAUAGCGACGACGCAACGUCCCCUGAAGAUGAAGGCAGCGACUGCAACCAAGACUCUGAUAGCUCCAAAAAGAAGACCGGUAAACAUUUUACCUGCUCAGUUUGUGAUAAAAGAUUUACUUUUAUGAGUAACUUGGCUCAACACAUGAGAACACACACCGGAGAGAAACCUUUCAGUUGCUCAAACUGCGGUAAAAGCUUCACCACAAAGAGUACCAUGCAAUCGCACAUGAGGACGCACACAGGGGAAAAACCUUUCAGUUGCUCACACUGCGGCAAACGCUUCGCUCAAACAUCGGGCAUGCAUAAACACAUGAAAACGCACACAGGAGAAAAACCUUUCCGUUGCUCACACUGCGGUAAAUGCUUCACGCUCAAAUCAAACUUGCAGUCGCACAUGAGAACGCACACCGGAGAAAAACCUUUCUGUUGCUCAGACUGCGGUAAAUGCUUCACUCUCAAGUCAAACAUGCAAUCACACAUGAGAACGCACACGGGGGAAAAACCUUUCAGUUGCACAGAAUGCAGUAAAAGCUUCACUCUCAAGUUAAGCCUUCAAAAGCACAUGAGGUCGCACACCGGAGAGAAACCUUUCAUUUGCUCAGAUUGCGGUAAACGCUUCACUCAAAUGUCAAGCAUGAAAUCGCACAUGAGAACGCACACAGGAGAAAAACCUUUCAGUUGCUCAGACUGUGGUAAACUCUUCACCAAAAAAAACAACAUGCAAAUCCACAUGAGAUCGCACACGGGAGAAAAACCAUUCAGUUGCUCGGACUGUGGUAAAAGCUUUUCUCUGAAGUAUAGUAUGCAAUUCCACAUGAAAAUGCACUCAGGAGAAAAGCCUUUCCAUUGCUCCGACUGUGGUAAAAGUUUCACUCUCAAGUCGAACUUGCAAUCACACAUGCGAACACACACGGGAGAAAAACCUUUUAGUUGCUUAGACUGUGGCAAACACUUUGCGUACAAGUCAAACUUGCAAUCACACAUGAGAAAGCACACAGGAGGAAAACCGCUCAGUUGCUCACAAUGCGGUAAACGCUUUCAUCUUAAACAAAGUAUGCAAUCACAUAUAACACACAGGCGAGAAAAACCUUUAAGUUGCUCAAAUUGUGGUGAUGCAUUUCUGUGGAAGUCCACUUUGCAUGAACACACGCAGAGUCACUGAUGGUGUACUGUUUGAUUCCCCUUCCUUGCAGUCACAGUGUUGUUGUAUUAUUUGCACGCAUCUUUGUUCAAUAAAUACAUUCUGUUUUUAUGAAUGUCUAAAACAGGGGUGCUCACACUUUUUCAGCAUGCGAGCUACUUUUAAAAUGACCGAGUCAAAAUGAUCUACCCACUACAAAAAUGCAAAACAUCUAUUUAUUUUCAAAUGUAUUGAGGAUUAUUUGUACGUACAAUGUAUGUUGAUGUACCUUACAUAACCAAAUGAGCCAAUAUUGCAAAACACACAUAAUUAACUAUUAACAUUUUUUGUAAUUACCUGAGUUUACUUUGAUGACUUGCACUGAAUUGAACCAGCCAGGGAUGCAUAGUCCGGACAGUAGCUGCUGAUAGCCAGCCUCAAGCACACUUCCAAAUGUUUAUCAGUCAUGGAUAAUAUCCGUAUCAUAAUAUCCGUAUAAUAUUCCAUAUCCGUAUGGAAGUGAUAUGUUUUUUGCCUUUUUACUUGGUCCAGUUUUUGCCUUUUUACUUGGUCCAGCUCCUUCACUCAUUUUAGUGACCAUAAACUUUAGCGAGGGCUUAAAAUCUCGCAAUUCGCCGACUAGCUUAGCACUUUGCAUCGUUGUUUACGCAUGAGCGGUGACCUAAAGGUCAAAAUUCAGUUGUCAUCUGAUUGGUUGUCCUGUAUGUCAAUCAAGUAACGGGGAUGGAUGAUAGGCUGACAUCGUAAGUUCUGCUGCACUUAGAGACGUUGUUUGAUUUGAUUGGUCGCCCGAAGGGCAACAUUCAGUUGUCAUCUGAAUGGCUGCCCUGUAUGUCAAUCAAGUGACGGCAUUGAUGCUGGGAUGAUAUUUUUUUAAUGUCACGCCGCGAUCGACCAGUACCACCUCCGCGAUCAACCGGUAGCUCGCGAUCGACUUAAUGAGCACCCCUGGUCUAAAAGAUGUAGUGGUUUGAUUCCGUUUACUGACUUGAGUUUGUAUGGUUGACUCAUUAAGGGAUGGACUCCUUUCAGGUCUGGCUGGGUGAAACGAUUAUUUUUGUAAUCGAUUAAUCUCGAAAAUAGUUUUUCGAUGCAUCGAUUCAUUUUUAAAUUCAAUGUCGAUUCGAUUAUCUUUCCAUAAUGUGACCUAUAUAGCGAUUCAUGCUCAUUUUUAUGCAUGCAUAUAAUACAAAUGUCUUCUUUUCCAAUA